CACUUACAGUAGGCUAUGAGAACAUACAAUGAUUGAAAGUUAGAACUGCAUUGUCCAGACUCACUCGAGGGACUUGAACUGCCACAGUGCAUGUAUUGUAACAGGGAAGAGAGAUUAAAGGAGCUUUGAAUCUAAGACUGCAGUUCCCUCUGUCUAUGUCGUGCCCAUCCCCUUCUCUCAGUGACAUGUCUCUAGGCCGCAGGCCCACCUUUCAUCGAUACAUCUGCACCAAGGUGCUGCUGGCCGAGGGCAGAGAGUCACCCUUCACUGAGCACUGCCGAAACUUUGAGGAAAGCUACAGGGUUCUUCAGACAGAGAUCCAGAAGCUGAAGGAUCAAGUUCAGGAGAUGCACAGAAGCCUGACAAAGCAUCACUCGCUCAUCAACACAGACACCAUGGGCGAAAUCCUGGAAAGCUCUCGGCUCAUUAACGAACAGAUCGUGUCACAGUACUCUGCCGUGCAGACCCAAAGGGCCAUAUUUGAGAAGAUAUGGGAUAUGACCUUUCAAAGAGUAACCAACGAGCAAGAGAUCUAUGAAGCACAGCUUCAUGAUCUUCUUCAGCUGAAGCAAGAGAACGCCUACUUGACAACCAUUGCACGACAGAUCGGGCCCUACAUGUUAUCCAUAGCAAAAGUAAAAGAGCGCCUGGAACCCAGGUUUAAAAAGCCACAAAGGUCUGAGGAAGAUCACAUGGACACUCUGGUGAUUUGUAAGGCUGGCGCAACGACUACAGAACAAAACAGUGACUCUGUCUGCGACUGGGACACCGCCACAGAAAACGCUCUCCUGGAGCCUGAAACGACACAACUGAAGAGCAAUGACUUUUGUUGGCAUGGAAAGCAGACAAAUAUUUCAGAGAUUUCUGCUGGAAAGAGCUGCUUCUGUAAAUCGGCAUGUUUGGACGAUGGUGAACAAUGACCGCAAAUGUGGCGUGUGAGUUUAGACAUGUGUUAAGAUGUCAGCACAUGCACAAGAAGAAUCAGGACAUGAUAAGAAUUGUUCUAGCAUUUUGAGUGUGUCAAACCACCUGGACUUGAGCAAAAUAAAAGACUACCGAGUGGAUCGAAUGGCUCAAUAAUGUUGGUAUUGAAAAAAAUAUUGAUGGGCUUUUGUUUCAUGGACUGAUGGAUUAUUGCUUUUUCUUUUGUUGUUGUUUUUAUGAAGUGUAACACUAAAUGUAGAAGUUCAAAAUGUUCAAAAUUAUAUCAUGAUAAACCUUCCUUUGGUGAAAUUUGAUUCUACAUUGUUUUACUGAAUGUUUGUCAAAUUGAUACUGGUUAUGAACAACCUUAAUCAGGUUUUCCUUAAUCAAACUUUUCUAGGACAGGAGGUCUAAAAUCCCAGUUUUAAUUCCAAAGAUGAUUUUACUGUAGAUGCCAGUGUGAACAUUUUUUAAAAUGAAAGGAAUAUUCUGGGUUCAUCACGAGUUAAGCUCAAUCCACAGCAUUUGUGGCAUAAUGUUCAUUCUCACAAAAAGUAUUUUCGACACGUCCCUUUUUUUCUUAAAAAAAUAAAAUAAAAACCAAAAAUCAAGGUUCCAGUGAGGCACUUACAAUGGAAGUAAAUGAGGCCAAUUUUUGAAGGGUUUAAAGGCGGAAAUAUAA